AUGUCAAGUUUAAGAUCUCGACACAUGAGAUCUGAAUCUAGUACAAAUCCACAAAGACCUUCUAGAGCAAGACAUCUGCCAAGAAGGCCAAAAGAAGAUCCAGAGUCACGUAAACCAAAAUUAAGUAGAGCACAACUCUCUACUUGUAAAAAAUCGUAUAGCAAAGCUAUUUAUUUUAGUUUGGUGAUAGCGUGGCUAACCGCUGCUUUAUAUUCAAACGUAUCUGAUUGUAAUGAUUAA